CACGCGGUGCCAGGGGUUGUGACGUGGGAGGGGUCCCUGUGUCACACGCUCUCUGCUGGUGAGUCAUUUCCUCAUCUGGACUCCCUUAAUACCAUCACACUAUGUCAUUGACCUGCCGGCCAGCAUGGCUACAACCCCCCAGAAUAGCUCUGAACUCACAUAAUAGUCCUGUGAUGGGUGUGUGGUGGAUCUACUCAGCUUUUGGUUGUUACAUUGAGAGUCAGAUUACAGGUGAUGUAGCUGACCAAUGUGUGUGUUCCCUGACCACAGUCUUGACUUGAGCUACACGUAGCUACUGUAUGUUGAGGUGUGUUAGCAAGGCUGGAUGAACAGGAAUGUUUGAUUUUAAUAUGUCGAGUGGGGGAUCUUCACCACAGUAGUACGUCUCCUUUCUUCCGCUGUUCAUUAUGAAACAGGGCCGUCAUCCUAAAGCGCUUGUGGCUUUAUCUGUGGUUCAGAGGGAUGCUGCAGAGCUCAGGCACGCAGUUUUAUGAGCUAGCUGACUUCUGCAGUUAUCAUAACCAGCAGAAGUAGCUUCCCUGUAAAUUGGACCAGGCUGUGGUGUUUUCCCAAUAUGGCUACUACAAGGAUACCCUAUCCUUUAAGGUUGAUGUAGAAUGAUGUUGAAACUCAUUCCUCUUGAUUUCCUGUAACUCUAUACCGGUGGGUAAAAAUAUUUGAGGGACGCGGUACAGGCAGGGAAACACUAUCCACCCGACAGCCUUGAGAAGGCAGAGUCUUGAGAGAGUGGGCUGAGAGGCAGUCCCUCUACUGAGCUGGUACAUUGCUGGGCUCUUUAAUCCUGUCAGAGGGUGACCAGGAGCUGGGCCAGGGCUGUGGUAGACUCUGUGAGGAUAGACGGCAGAAGACACAGAGUCCGUGAGGCUGGGGCCGAGCCUGGGGUUGAGGUUUGGCUGAAUUUGUUUUGUGAGUUCUACCCCUUAAAGUGCCAGUGCUGCUCUGUGUGGAACAAGUGUGGAUCUAACUCCUUAAAGAAGUGGACCACAGUGGUUGUUUCAGGCUGAGGCUGAGAAGAGUUCUUUUGACCUGCCUUGACUAAUAGCCUUCCAGCAGCAGAGGAAUGCAGCUUGUCACAAGAGCUAUUUUGGCAAUGUGCUGCCGCUAAUGCUGGUAAUCACGGAACAGGACUGAGCAGUUGCUUCACUGUACUUUCUCAGCCGUGAGGCCCUGCCAUGCAGUGCCCCUCGGCUCGGUUGGGAUUAGAGAGCUAAACGGAUGGCACGCCAGCUCCGUUUGCAUUUUGCGUCGAGGAGAAGUAACACAGACCCUCUGUCAGAGAGCCUGAGCAGCCAUGGUGAGGAGAGCGGCGACACUGUCCGCAGCCCCACUGAGAGCCCAGCCCACAGCUCCCUCCACAUGAAGGUGACUCCUGGACAGUUGGCUCUGCCCCCGCUGUUGCCAGAGGACGCUAAUCUGCAGCGCUACUCCUCCGUGUUCAUACCCAAGGUUUACCCCGCCGGAGGCAGCAGGAAGAGCACCCUGCAGAUCUCUCUGCAGCCCUGCGCCAAGUUUCACGGAGAGCAGGAGGGGGGAGCGGAGGAUGGGGAGGCUGGGGGCAGUGAGGGGGGGGCAGGGAGCGUGUCUGACGGGGGCUCCAGUAGUAGCAGCAGCACGGCCAGCGACGCCGGGUACUGCAGCAGCAGCAGUAUUUUUGAGCCGGAGCUCCCAGAGACGCGGCGGGCGGCCCAGUACAGGAGUCUCCCCCGUAGGAAGGCCCGGGUGCCACUGAGGCGUUGCUCCUCCCUGGUCAUCUUCCCCCGGAGCCCCUGCAGCACGCCACCAGCCUCCCCCGUCAGCCCGGUGGCUCUCCCUGCCCUCCCACUGGCCAGGGGCUGCUUCCAGACCUCCCACCAACUCCAACUGUCCGCCAGCGAACCCUCCACAGACGACGACACUGUCGCCUCCAAGGGAUCCAUCGCUACGGCACUCAACGGCCUGCGACUGUCCAAGAACAGUUGUCCAUCAUCCGAGUUCAGGGAUGCUAGGCCUGUGGUGCAUUUCAAUGUUCCUGUUUUGGAUAAACUGAGAUACGAUAUGGAGGACGGCGGGACUCCUGACAGGUCAACUACUUUAGACAAGCCGCCAGGUCGUCACUCCAGUGUGCUGUUGCACUUUGCCCACCAGAGGCCUGCAGUGUUGUCUGGGAAGGGUGUGCCCGCUAGGGCUGCGGUCAGUGUGGAGCAUCCUGAGAGUCCACAGCAGGAGGGGGAGAACUCUCACCGGCACAUCAGGCUGUUCCGCAGCACGUCCGCUAGCCUGCCGCCCUCUGCUAAACUGUCUGAAAAGAGCCACCACCCUGCCUGCCAGACCGGCAAUGGACAGGAAAUGCCAGGUCAAAUUGCUGGUCAUCAUGCUUUACAGAGGAGCUUUUCCCUGGAAGUCCCCUACCACAAUACCGGAAUCUCAUGUCACGUUUCCAACCCCAAGCUGGCCAACUCACAGGCUGGCUCUCCACAUGUUCACAUACGAGUGUCUCACGGCCCCGGGGCCAGGGUCUCUGGCUCUGUUACUGAUUUAAACACUAACCAGAGAAGGGAUCAUGUUCAUAUGAACCCUGGACUCAACACCAGGACGCGCGAUGACUUCCUGGGUCAGGUGGACGUCCCGUUACAACACAUCUCGACAGAAAAUCCUAACAUUGAAAGGCCAUUCACAUUCAAGGAUUUUCUACUUCACCCAAGAAGCCACAAGUCCAGGGUCAAAGGUCAGCUGCGUCUAAAAAUGACCUACCUGCCUAAAACUCCUGCCUCAGAGGAGGAAGCUGCAGACCAGACAGAUGACACUGAUCCCGGAUGGGAGUUCCUGGAGGGGCAAGACAUGUCGGGUCCCAGACACAACCACCUGCUGCCUGCACUGCCCCCUGGCUGGGAGGAGAGGCAGGACAACCUGGGCAGAACCUACUACGUCAACCAUGACACCAGGACCACGCAGUGGCACAGGCCAAUCAUACAAGACAGUGAGGAGGAGGCCGAGCAGAGACAGACCAUCCACAUGGAGGCCCAGCAUGCCUUCACAGCACGCAGGCAGAUCUCCGACCACGACGAAGCCAUCGACAGACACGAGUCUCCUGAGAGCUGGGAGAUCAUAACAGAUGAUGACUCCACGUUGUACAGUAGCAGUGGUCUCAACCAGUGCUCCCCCCCCCCACCCCACUCCCCCAUGGGGUUCCACUUCCCCCCCCCACCCCACUCCCCCAUGGGGUUCCACUUCCCCCCCCCACCCCACUCCCCCAGGGGGUUCCACUCCCCCCCACCCCCCCACUCUCCCCUGGAGUUCCACUCUUUCUGCGAGGAGCUGAGCCACCUGCAGGCCACUGGAGCCACACCUGGAGACAGACGCACCUCCCUCACGGCUGCUCACUCUAGCCACUCAGGCCCCUCCAGCCGCAGAGGAAGUGUCCAGACCCUGACUGUUGAAGAGCAUCCAGUCCAGCCUGUGAUGCUGCCCACCUCCCAGGGCCUGCCGCCAGGCUGGGAGGAGAAGCAGGACAGUAAGGGACGCCUCUACUACGUCAACCACAACAGCAGGAUCACCUCCUGGACACAACCACUCAUACAGAUCACUUCGGAAGGAGCAGGGGGCCACAAUACCCUGUCCGUGAGCCCCACGGUAUACCAUCCCCCGAUGCUGUCUCCAGAGGCCUCCCCCCAGCACUCCCCCAACCCCCAGCACUCCCCCAACCCCCAGCCCAAGCAGGAGUUCGGUCUGAUGCCCCCAGGCUGGGAGGUCCGCAGCGCUCCCAACGGACGACCCUUCUUCAUCGACCACAACACCAAGACCACCUCCUGGGAAGACCCCAGGUUGAAGAUUCCUGUGCACAUGAGGAAGAGACCGUCGCUCGAUCCCACUGACCUUGGGCCCAUGCCGCCUGGCUGGGAGGAGAGGGUCCACAGUGAUGGCAGGAUAUUCUACAUCGAUCAUAACACUAAGAACACCCAGUGGGACGAUCCUCGUCUGCAGAACUCUGCCAUCACCGGGCCAGCUGUGCCGUACUCCAGAGACUACAAACAGAAGUAUGAUUACUUCCGAAAGAAGCUGAAGAAACCGGCCGACAUCCCCAACCGCUUUGAGAUGAAGCUCCGCCGCAGCGCUGUGCUGGAGGACUCGUACCGGCGCAUCCUGUCUGUCAAGAGGGCGGACUUCCUGAAGGCGCGGCUGUGGGUGGAGUUUGAAGGGGAGAAGGGCCUGGACUACGGGGGCGUGGCCAGAGAGUGGUUCUUCCUCAUCUCCAAGGAGAUGUUCAACCCUUAUUAUGGGCUUUUUGAGUAUUCUGCCACGGAUAACUAUACUCUGCAGAUAAACCCCAACUCAGGCCUGUGUAACGAGGAUCACCUGUCUUACUUCAAGUUUAUAGGCCGAGUGGCCGGCAUGGCAGUCUACCACGGGAAGCUGCUGGACGCCUUUUUCAUCAGGCCCUUCUACAAGAUGACACUGCAGAAAGCUAUCACCCUGCACGACAUGGAGUCUGUGGACAGUGAGUACUUCAACUCCCUGAAGUGGAUCCUGGACAACGACCCGUCCGACCUGGACCUGAGAUUCACCAUCGACGAAGAGCUGUUCGGCCAGACACAUCAGCACGAGCUGAAACCGGGCGGGCCGGAGAUCGUCGUCACCGACGACAACAAGAAGGAGUACAUCCAUCUCGUUAUGCAGUGGAGGUUUGUGAACCGAAUUCUGAGACAGAUGACAGCCUUCAAGGAGGGAUUCUAUGAGCUGAUACCUCAGGAUCUCAUCAAGAUAUUUGAUGAGAAUGAGCUUGAGUUGUUGAUGUGUGGACUAGGGGAUGUGGACGUGAACGACUGGCGAGAGAACACCAAAUACAAGAAUGGUUACUGCUCGAACCAGCCAGUCAUCCAGUGGUUCUGGAAGACGGUCCUGCUGAUGGAUGCUGAGAAGAGAAUACGCCUGUUGCAGUUUGUGACUGGAACCUCCAGGGUCCCGAUGAACGGCUUCGCAGAGCUCUACGGGUCCAAUGGACCACAGCUCUUUACCAUUGAGCAGUGGGGCACCAGAGACAAGCUGCCCCGAGCCCACACAUGCUUCAACCGCCUGGACCUGCCUCCCUAUGAGUCAUUUGAGGAGUUGAGAGAGAAGCUGCACAUCGCCAUAGAGAACGCCCAGGGCUUUGAUGGAGUGGACUAAGAUAGGGCCGUGGGUGAGGCCCAGGGGGGGGGGGGGGGGGGGGGGGGGGGGCGAGGACAGACAUGUGGCGGUGCAGCAGACACUGACACCGAUGGCAGAAAGUCCAUGAUGGAUCUCUCUGGUUUAGGACCAGACUCCACUAGCCUAUCCUGGACUAGACCUGGGCCCAGACCUGGCCAGGACCAGACCUAUCUAGCCUUAGAAAGGGAGAAUAUCACAGAGCCAUGUCACCAUGGAGACCAGAGGAAGAUGAGGGAAAAUCACUAUCUGCUGUUUGACUAACUAUCACAGUUUAAAUAUGUAUUUAUGUAUAUACUUAAUCAGUUAAUCAAACUCAUUAUAGCUAUAUAUACCCUUGACUCCAUCCAUGAUCAAUAUGUUGUCCAAAGUAUUGUAAGGUUAAGUAUACAGGGGGUGUUGGUUAGUGUAUGAGCCACUGAAGGAACCUCCAGGGAAUAUUACUGGAGAGGUUGCUCGGCGCACCUCCCCUCAGCACUUCUACAUAUCACUGUUCUCUAUCCUGAUAAACACAAGACAUGGUUGCUUCUGCUGUCCUACUAAAGAGCUCUGUUUGUAAGAGCUCUUCAACUUUAUAAUUGUUCUAUAAAAUACUAUAUAUAUAGAACUGUCAUAUAUAUAUAUAUAUAUAUACAUACUGACAGUUCUCCACUGAGGGCUGUACAUUUGUUGCCUGAGAUGAUUUCUUGAAAGGGACUGACUGGUGAUUGCUUGCUCUAUCCCAUAAUCUCAUUUUAUGAAAGCAAAAGCAUACGUUUACACUAUCUGGUAUGUUUACAGAUUAUUGAUGAAGGAAUAUGUUUUAGUCUGUUUCUUUUUUCUUGAACUACAUUUUAUACCUUUGCUUUUAUAAAAUAAAGCACCUUGUUGAAAUAGCUAUACAAGUCUUACAGUGUAUUGGUCUUUGCCAAAAUAUCACCUAUCUGCUUCAAUAAGCAUCAUUUUAUGGUUAUCCUAUGCUUUUAAGUGCACAUUUUACUUGAGAAUGUUUACAUGUAAACAUUGCUGAAAAUAAGCACAUUAUUUUGCUGGUGAUUUAUACUGUUGAAUUAUGAUGCCUUCAUUUGUAAUGUGUUUCUGCUCAUCUUUUACAAUGCUCUUAUCCUUGAAUGGAAAUAUUGGUAAUUGUUUAAUUUUAUGUAAUUCUGAAUAGUUUCAACAUAGAUACUUAAUUUAUUGUUUAAUAUCAAAUAUGUCAGAUGUCAUUCUGACAGAUGUAAGUGCAUUUUAUAUCAAUAAUGGAAAUUAUUAAAUAAAAGUUCUGAACUUUGUUUAAAAGAACUGUUUGUUUUGAUGGCUUGCUAAAGUAAAUGGCAGAAUAUUUCGAAAAAUAAAUUCACUGCAAUUCAAGCUGUAA